GGAGCCCCUGAACGCCUCACGUGUGCAGAUGUUAUUAUGCGGGUGUGGUGAAGUCUUCUAAAACUCCUUGGAAAGCCGAGCCUCGCUGCUGCUGCUGCGGGAUUAUCUGUUAACAACUCAACGUGAAGGUUCUUUGAGCCGUGUAUAUAUUCGGCAGGAUGGAGGCCAGCAGGAUCAAACCGGAAGUAAAGAAGAAACCGAAGCCGCCUAAACCGCCCCCGAAGCCUACGGAGGUUAAAAGAAAUGAUCCGGAGAGAUGGGAGAAGCCGACUCCUCUGCUGCCCGAACGGCCGACCGACGCUGAACUGUUUCCAACACAAUACCGGCUGAAAAGAGCAGAAAACAAUGAGGUUAACGGGAACAUGAUACAAACUCCUCCGGUUCCUCCCAGACCCUCAGAAAAGGAACUUAAAGUUACAAGCAGAUACAGCCAACACAAGAGGAGCAAAUCCGACGUUCCCAGUGAUGAAGCGGACUUCAAACCGAGCGAUCAGUCGGUCAACGCUGGAAUGUUUGGUCGGAGCCAAAAAGAAAAAGCGCCUUCGUUCACUAGUUACAUGAGCCAAUACGACGAGGACAGAACCGACGAUGUCCCGGCCAAACACACUCCUGGCAGCAAACCGGGUGGUCUGAAAGGAGUCAUGAAAGGCUGGCAAAUCAAGUCGUCACCGAAGGCCAGCAGAGAGCCCAGUCCUGAUCCCAGCGCCGAGGAAGCCGGCUCAGAAAAGGAACAACCCGCAGAAAAGAACAAGCGAGACAAGAAUGCAGAACCAAAACCGGACAUCGGCGGUCUGAUUGCCGGAAUGUUCCGUAAGACGCCCAAAGAGAAGUCGUCGUCGUCGUCUCCUGCUGUGACGGUCAGCAGGGCAGAGGGUGAUCCAGGAGAUGACGAGGUACCAGGAGACGAUGAGGAAAAGCAAGGCUUCUCCUCUGGCACCCCUAAAACAUCCAAUAAAACAGAUGACACACCUGCUGCACAGGACAAUCUCAGUGUUCGAGGUGAGCUUUCCGCCAGCAACGACAGUCUGUCUGAGAACGGCAACAAGAAGGAAAAAGGAGGAAUAUUCAGCGGCAUGUUUAAGAAGAUGACAACAGAAGCUGACCAGCUGUCCCUAAAUGAUGAUCUCUCAGACAGCAACGAGGACCUGUCUGAAAACGCCAAGGAGAACGGAGGGUUCUUCAGGGGGAUCCUCCGAAAGUCUGCCAAGAUUCCUGCAGAGGGAACACCUGAGCAGGAUAAACAAACGAAGCCACACGACGAGAACAACGGCACUAAACAGGAGAAAGGAGGCGCUUUCGGUGGAAUAUUCAAGAAAUCUCCCAAACUGUCUGAGGCCCCCCGACUGGAGGAGGGUGCAGAGUCGCUGCACGGCGAGCUCUCCGCCAGCACGGACAGCCUGUCGGAGAACACGGAGAAAGGAGGCUUGUUCAGCGGACUCCUCAGAAAGAAUCCUAAAUCCACCGGAGAAGAGAACCUGCCGGCCCAGAAAGCUCUUUCAGGAAGCAGUGACAGUCUGUCUGAAGCCGGCAACACAAAGGAGAAAGGAGGUGCGUUCAGUGGGCUGUUCAAGAAGUCUCCCCGACCUGCAGACGGUCCGCCAACGGAGGAAGAAACGCAAGACGACGAACUCUCGGGCAGCAGCGAAGCGCUCAACGCCAAGGACAAAGGAGGAAUAUUUAGUGGAAUAUUCAAGAAAUCUCCCAAACCUGCAGAAGCUGCUCGGCCUCAAGAGGACGAGUCUCCUGACGGCGAUCGAUCGACCAGCACCGAGAACAAACCGGAGAAAGCUGGACGGCUGUUCAGCGGACGCCUCAAGAAGACUCCCAAACCAUCUAAGGAAAGGCCCGAGUCCCCGGAGCGAGAAGCCCAGAAGGAGCGAGAAGCCCAGAAGGAGCGAGAAGCCCAGAAGGAGCGAGAAGCCCUUAAGGAGCUCUCGUCCAGCGACGACCAGCUGGCCGAGAGCGCCACCGCCACCACCGUCGCCACUGCCACCACCACCAAGGAGAAAAAUAUUUUCAGCAACAUGUUCAAGAAGCCGCAGAAACCUGCAGAGGACAGCGCAGCAGACGAGGAGCCGGAGCUGAACGCAGACAGACGCUUGUCUGGUAGCUGCGAGAAUCUGUCUGACGGCGUCCCGAAGGAGAAGAAAGCUGGCCUGGCGGGUAUCUUCAAAAGGUCCGUCAGCAUUGACGACCUGUUUGACGAGGAGAAAGGCGGUCUCUUCAGCGGACUGAUUAAGAAAACGGCCAAAGCGUCUGCAGACGAGGCUGCAGAGGACAAAGACGACCACAAGGAGCCGUCGGCCAGCAACGACAAUCUGUUUGAAAGCAGCAACGCAAAGGAGAAAAGUAUUUUCAGUGGCAUGUUUAAAAAGACUCAUAAACCAGCAGAGGGCACGACCACCGACGAGGAGUCAAGUGACGACAAGAAGUCAUCUGCCAGUCGUGAGAAUCUAUUAGACGCGCACGCAUCAAAGGAGAAGACUGGAGGACUUGCGGGGAUCUUCAAGAAGUCUCCUAAACUCACUCCGCGCUCGGCCGCUAAUCAGGAUCCUCUCCAGGACACCAAGGACUUGUCUGCCAGCUGCGACAGUCUCACAGAAACUGCUGAGGAUGCUCCCUCAGCGCUCGGUGAAAUGUCAGCCGGCAACGACAACGUCUCCGAAGCUACGAGCACCCCGAAGGAGAAAAAAAUGGGGUUCGCUAAUAUGUUCAAGAAGACGCCCAAAACACAACAGGACGGUGAGGACGUGAAGGAGCCAGAAAGAGGCGGGCUGAGACGCAGGAGGACCAUCAGGAGGAAGAAACGAGUUGUGUCAUUCAGAGUCAAGAAAACUCUUCCCGAAAUACCAAGACUCCAUCGACCUUCGGAGAGUUCAGAUAUGACGCCCAUCAUGGAGGAGACCUUUGAGCUGCAGGAGCUGAACUUGUCACAGGAGAAACGAGUGGAGGUCCAGCCUGUCGAGAUGGCGGCUUAUCCCACUGAAGAAAACCCUCUUACUCCAGAGCAGGAAAGCGACGAUGAUUUGAUGGAGUGGUGGAACACAGUCAAAGGUUGGGCCGAGUGGAACGAGACCUCACAUUUCCAGGAGGGCGACGAGCACAUGGCGAUGGAGCAGGCGGCCGACCGCGUCUACAUGGCGGCCCGUCUGUUUGUGCGUCUUUUCAACCGGCGGGGGGCGUCCCUGCAGCACCGCCUCCUGGAGCUUUUGGCUAUGGCCGACGCCGCGGACGAAUUCCACAAAAAGACGGUGCAGGCCGCCGUGGGCGGAGGGGUGGCCAGCGUCGCCGGCAGCAUAGCAACGAUCACGGGGCUCAUCCUGGCGCCUUUCACUUUCGGCGCCUCCAUCAUCGUCACGGCGGUGGGCAUCGGCGUGGCGACGGCGGGCAGCAUCACUUCAGCCACGGCCAACAUCACCGAUGCGGUUCACUCCAACAUGGAGCGCAAGAAGCUGGAGAAGCUGAUCCAGGGCUACCAGGAGGAGAUCACCGACAUCAGGCAGUGUUUGGAGUUCGUGCAGGCCGGUAUGGACACCCUGCAGGAGUGGGACUUUGAGAAGUACUCGGAGAGCGCCGCCAAGAAGGCCAUGAACCACAACCUCAAGCACGUGAUGAAGGAGGGCGGCCGGGCCGGAAAAGCCCUGAUGAUCAACACCGACAAGCUCAUCAGCACCGUCCAGGUGUUGGGCGCUGCAGGCGGCGCCGCCAAGGCUGUGCAGGCCAUCAGCGUCACCACGGGGGUCAUGUCGGCGCUCUUUCUGGCGCUGGACGUCUUCUUCCUCGCCAAAGACUCCCACGAGCUCCGCAAGGGCGCCAAGACGAAGUUCGCCACCAAGAUCCGGGACGUGUGCAAAGAGCUUCAAGACGGCCUCCUGGAGCUGAACAAGGUGAAGACGCAGCUGCAGAAGACCAUGGACGGCAUCGAGGUGGAGGAGUACGAGGAGAUCAAGGAGGUGGAGGAGGAGGUCGACGACGAUUACGAGUCUGAUCCGCAGAAGCUGGCGGACCUGGAUCAGGAGCUGGACCUCCUGGAGGAGAAGCUGGACAAGAAGGUUGAGGAGGAGCAUAAGAAGAGUAAAGAGAUGGAGAAGGAAAUGUUGGAAAAGAAGGGCAAAGAGGAGGUGGAGGACGCGAAGAAGGAGAAAAAGAAGGGCAAAGAGGAGGUGGAGGACGCGAAGACGGAGGGAAAGAAGGAGAAAAAGAAGGGCAAAAGCGAAUCGGAAAGCAACAUUUCCAACAGAGAAAAAGAGCCGAAGAACGAGAGCGUCGAAGCGGCCAAAGAGGAGGUUUUAAAAGAACAACCCCAAAAAGGAAAGAAAGACAAAGAAGCCGAGAACCAACUCGCAGCCGGAAAAGAAAAGCACGAGAGCAAGAGAGAGCGGGCCAAAGAAGACGACGCCGCGAAUCCAAAGACUCUUGCGAACAGAACGGGCGACUCAAAGCGAGGGGAGCAGAGCGGGAGAGCGAGCCAGGAGUCGGUGAGGACGGAGGGGGGAAGGCCGAGAGGACGAGAGAGCGAGGUGAAGCCCGAGUGGAGAGCGGCGGAUAAAGAGACGGAGGCUGGAGGAGUGAGCACGGGGAGGCGCAGCAGCGUCGAGGGGCGACGCCACGGGAGCGAAACCGAUAAGCAGAGCGACGGGACGCACAGCUGGAGGAGGAGGAGGAGGACGGAGGAAGAGGAGGAGACGGGAGGGAAGGACGGGAGAGCCGAGACGACGAAGGGUCGGGAGGAGAGGAAAGAAGGACGAGAAAAAAGGGAAGAGAGGAGGAAGUCUCAUCGGAGCGAAGAGGAAGCGACGACAGAGAGGGAGCGGGGGGGGGCCAGGUGGGAGGAAUCUGACUCCCAGAGGAGUCGCCACCGAGGAGGAGAAGGAGGAGGAGGAGGAGGAGGAGCGCCGGGGAGCAGGGUUGAGAGCGCGAGGAGGAAGUUUGAGAGAGCAGAGGGCGAGGGGGAGGAGAGGGGUAAGAGGAAGGAGGAGGGAGAGAGGAGAGGAAGCCUCAGAGACCGAGAGCUUGAACACGCCCACCGAAGAUCUCAGCGUACCUCCAAGGCGCUGCUGGAGGACGGUCUCAAUAUUUAGUUUAUUUUAUCAUUACAUCAUCGCAUUAAAAGGUGCGGUUUGGAUUUAAAAGUCCAACAGAAACUGACGAUGAAAACUCAGUGAAUCUUUCAGGUUUGCACCAUUUUUACUCGAGAGUGAAAACUGAUCCAGGUUCACUGCUCCUCGCUAAGAAUAAAUUAAAUCAUGUAAGUUGUUAUUUUGUUUUGUUUCGAUGAGCUGCGUUCAUGUCUUUUUGGAUACAAACACUACAAUGUGUCAGUCGUACAUUUAAAAAAAAAAAAA